AUGAUCGACAAGUGCGUGGCACUCGACGAAGUUAUCAAUCUCAUGAACCCCAACCAGUCGAGGUACUUUGGCUGGAAUUUCCUCGCCAUGAAGAAGUAUAAGACGGUUGAGUUCAGGCGUGGUUCAGGGAGCCGCUCGGAGGAUGAUGUGUUCAUGUGGGCCGAGUUCGCCUUGUCGUUUCUUCAAGCUUCUGUGAGACUCCAGUCUGCCAGUAGCCUGAAAGACUAUCCUGCAUCGGUCGGGGGCCUGAGUAUGUUCAUUUCGUUUGUGCAGUUGCCUGACAAGCCUGGGAUGAACGAUUCCGUUCACCUCGGCCGACUCUUUGCUGGGAAACGCCCGGACGAAAAGGUCUCGCCUGUCCCUGUUGGCAAAUUGAGCCCAGAGAAGCAGAAGAAGCUGGAGAAGAAGCUCAAAGCCGAUGCUUUGAGUAACCCAAUGCUCACAAAGGUAUACUACGCUCAAUCAGCUGGAAUCAUCUGA